AUGGCCUCCUUUGCGGCGUUCACAGCCGCCUCGGAGAAGGACCGUAGGUCAACCCUUCACGACUGGACCACAGCCAUGCCACACAAAGCUGCAGCGCCGCGAGCGAUGACGUGUUGGAACCUCGGCUGCUGGACGACCGCGCUGGAACAGCUCCGCAGCCCCCAGCGGAGUUGCAAGCCCACCUCGCCGCCGGGCGAAACGGUCAGCAGCGGUUUGGGUGCAAACGGUGAGCGUGGGAUAGCGUGGGCAAGGACAUUCACUCCCUACUUUUGUGUCCGGAUCCUUCCAGACGACUCGAUCGCUCCUACACCGAGCCUCAACCACUGGGACAUGGCGGAUUUGGCCAGGAUGAGCGGAGAAGUGCGAGCGAUCAAGGUGAUUGCAAAGCCCUCCUGCCUAGAUGAGCUCCAAACGGUUUCAAAUGAGGUCUAUGCCCUCUUGCAACUGGAUCAUCUUAACAUCGCCAAGCUCUUCGAGUACUUCGAGGACAAAGGCUCCAUCUACGUGGUGACCGAGCUGUGCGAAGGCGGAAACAUCGGAGAGUUGGAUCCCAUGGAGGAUGAUUCGGAUGAGAUCAGGUUACUCUUCCGCGAUGUGGCACGGGCCAUCGCGUACUGCCAUUCCGAAGGAAUUGCCCACCGAGACCUGAAGUUUGACAAUUGCCUCCUGGCGCACUGCAACGACCGGCGCCUGGGGCGCAUGGCCAAGGUCAUCGACUUCGGCCUCGCAGGCUUUUUGCAAGCCGGAGUACCAGGAGAAGGGGAGCUCGAAGGUGUGGUCGGGACCUUGUACUUCCUGGCGCCCGAAGUUCUGAAGAGCACAGACCCUUUGAACAGCUACGGCUUGGAGUGUGACCUGUGGUCUUUUGGAGUCAUGCUCUUCGUCGUUCUCACCAACGAGCACCCCUUUUGCUCUACGGCCUCUGGCCCAGAAGACGCCUACCGUCGAAUCGCCAAUGGCUGCCUCCGGCUCUCCUGUUUGCGGAAUGCUGGGGCACUGGCCAUUGAGGCAGAAGACCUUCUUCGAUCGCUGCUGGUCAAGGAACCCUUGAAUCGUUGCUCUGCGGCUGAAGCCUUGGUUCACCCCUGGCUGCAGCCGGAGUUGGAGACGCCUGCGAGUUUGGUGGAGCGGAUCAGCUCCUUCAGUCGCUUCAGCAAGUUUGAGCAGGCGAUCCUCACCGUGGCGGCACACGAAGCGAAGCCCAAGGAUGUCGAGGAGCGGGGAAGUCAGGCGGUGGGAGGGUCAAGAGUGGAGGGGGGUUGGAUCUCCCGGGACGACCUGCGGCGAGCGCUGAAGAUCUGCGACGUGCGGCUGUCGAAGAUGGAGACCGACGCGGUCCUGGAUUGCUUAGAUGCAGACCAAGAUGGGAAAAUACAGCACACCGACUUCUUGGCAGCCACCCUCAAGCCAGCCCAUGUGAAGUCAGAAAAGGUUCUGGAGGAGCUCUUCAAUUUCUUCGACUUCCAGGGUACGGGGCACAUCACCCACGAGGAUUUGAAAGCAGUUUUAGGUCAGGACCUGGCUUGCCAUGUGGCGGUGCAAGCACGCGCCAAUGCACAGGGCGUCAUUUCCCAAGAGAACUUUAGAGCCUUCAUCCUGAAGGAAGCUCGGCUUUGCUCGGCUCGCCGGUAG